AUGCACAAACCAUCGCUGGCUCAAAUCGUGCACAGCGCACUGUUCCCACGGCCGCGGGCAAGCGAUCCGGCCACCUUCUCGGCUCAUAUCACCCGCAAUCUAGUCCCUGAAGUCCGCGUCGAAACCUCCACCUUCUAUGGACAGCUCGACUGCAUCGAAGCUCAGUACCCGGGACUAGAUUACUCAUACGGUCCUCACCGCAUGAGGCUCAGCCGCUUCCCCUGGCACCGCAGACUGUUCAGGGCAUUUGAUGAGUUGGGCCUCACGGAAGCGGAGAUUUCGUCCCUUUGUCGCUGGGAGGGGACUAAAUCCGCGCGCGAGCGGUAUGAGAUCGAAGAGGGGGUGAAGGUACGCGAUACGACUGCCGACGUUAUUCGACCUGCAUCCCCCUCGCCACUACCAUCCGUCGAGGUGCACUACGAGGAUGGUCCCGAACUUCCGAAAGAAUCGGACCGCCGGACAGAGACCCCAUGCAUAGAAGUCCGCACCCCGCGCGACCUCAUUGACGAUCGCGGCAUCGACUGUAUUCUCGAAGAGACAGUCGAGGAAGAAUACAGUGAGGAUGACAUGGAAAGCUGCGGGGUGGAACUGAACCAUCGUCUCCUGGCAGCAAGUGCCGCUCGUGAACAAGGGGCUAACGUGCCGUUGGACGAGGAUUGGGAGCAGUGGCUCAAGGAAGCUGGAGAACGGGGAAGCUACACUGAUGUGGUAAAUGCCAUUCGAAUGGGUCAGCCCUUGGGGUAUCUAUACGACCCACCCGCCCAACCGAGUCGAGCAGGCACUCGAUCUCUCUUCUCUCUUUACCUCAUCCUACCACCCCUAAUCUCUCCGCCUCCGGCUCCCAUCAUGAUCAAAGCUAUCUUCUAUAGCAAGUUCGACACCCAAGAGGGUCCCAAGGUCGUUCACCAGGUCCCGGACGGUGCCAUUGUUCCCUCCUCCACAGCGCCCUCGCAGCCCCCCUUUCUGACCUUCUCCGACAUUUCCUUCUUCGUGAUCCCUCGUCAAGAACUUUGCGGAAACUUGAUCCAGGUCUGCACUAACGGCUAUCGUAUUCUGGGCUACCCGAUCUGCAUGAAGUCACUGCGAUAUGAUCGUAACGAGUUCAUCUUCAACUUCUGUGUCGUCUUGGCGGAAGAGGAGGACUUUAGCACAUACAAGAGCGUUGUACAGAAACUCGCUGAUUUGAUGCAUGGACUGGAGGAACAGAGCGGAUUCCUGUCCAGAGACCAUUCCAAAUCCGGCGAGGGCAAGGUCUACAGCCUGUGUGAGACGUUGAUGGAGGACUUGAACAACUAUUGCGAGUGCAUGAUCCCAAUCGAUGAGCUCAAUACCCUCAACAUCAAACUUUUUCCGAUUUAUCCUGCUCCGCCGCCAGUCAAAGCCUGGCAGGUCCCUCUGUUCACGGUCCGAUAUCAGACUUUCAUGGACGAGAAUUGGGAUUUAACCAUGCAACGCAUUGUGCCCCACAUCAAUGGGGUUAACAGCGUACGGAUCAUCUCGAUUCUGGCCGACACCGACUUCUCCCUGACGUGUCGAGCCAUCCGGCACCUCCUUUACUAUGGGUGUUUGUUUCUCCUUGAUAUCUUUUCCUUCUCUGCUAUCUAUGCGCCUACCGCGCAAUUCAGCUCUACUAUUGCUAUGGACGAAGACAUGCAACAUGAAUGUGCGCGUUACGUCAACACCUCUUUUGCCUCGCCCGUCACUGCUGCAUCCGCGGCGCUCGCCGCGGGCUCUGGCCCCGAUGCUGUCUGGCCGCCACUGGGUGAUGUACUCACUACCAGCAGCGCCAGCGUGACCGGCCCUAGCCGGACCCCAAGCCCAACCCUCCUCUCCAACACCAUAGUAGCCACCUCGUCUAGCGUCACCGCUACACCAAGUCCGGCCGCUCUAGCUGCAGCCGCCACCUCUGUCUCCUCCGAACCCAACCCGACCACCGCCUCAGCGCGCGGACCCUACGAUAGCCGCCCCGUCGUCGACGGCGUCGGCCUGGUCUCACUCUACGCGAGCCUCAAGCAAGGCCAAAGUGUCAAACAAUGGUACCUGCACCACAGCCGACAGCUAGCGCAUAUCGAUAUCCGUCGCUUCAUCACCUUCGGCAUCAUCAAGGGCUUCCUCUACCGAGUCCACAAAUACGCGAUCGCCACGGGCCAGCCGGCCCCGCCCCUCAAGGCCUCCGCGCUCUCCCACAAUUACCACUACCAACACCACAACCAUCAUCCAAGCACUCCGGCGGCCACACCCGUAGGCGGGGGCACCCUCCAGAUCCCCAUCUCCAGCGGACCCUCCUCGCGCGGGCCCGGCACGGGAACAAACUCCCCGUAUGCGUCGAGCGCAGGUGACGAACCGGCGCCAAUCGCCCGCCACCAGCAGCAGCAGCAGCAUCAUCAUCAGGAUGGGCGGGACCACUCGACCUCCGUGCACAGCGGAAGUCGUCCCGGGACGGUGGUGACGCUGGACAACGAGGACGAGGAGGAUGAGGAAGACGAGAUCGACGACAGGACGUUAUCGAAGUAUCUGGAUGGCAUGCAUUGUUUCGAUCAGAUCUGCACCGAGCUGGAGAUCAGCGAGCGCGAGCUGACGGCGCGGUUGAAGCGGUUCCCUGGCGAGGUGCUGAUUAUCCAUCGGUGA